AUGGCGUCAAAACAGCAAUGCAAAUACGGAGCGAAAUGCUACAGGAAAAAUGAACAGCAUUUAAAGGAUUAUGGUCACCCAAAACAGAAGGCACACGAGGAUGACGAUGAACAGCCAGCAAAGAAAAAAAAGAAAAUUGUGGUAGAGGAACCUAAACAAAAAUUAACAACAAUAUCAGACUUCUUUGGCAAAAAGAAACCUAAUGAAAAAGAUGGAGAAAAGGAUUCUGAUGAAGGACCAAGUAGGAGUACUUCAUCUGGAGCUGCUGGAUUUCUAGAUGAAAGUCCAAAAGAAGAUGAUGAAGAAAGUCCCAAUGAAGAUGAUGACCAACCUUCCUCUCCUGAGGAUGUCAAAGAAAACAUCAAGAGGAAGUUUUUAGUGGAAAUGCCACAUGACUUUUAUGAUUUCUGGGAAUUUUGUAAAAGUAAAAACAGCAAACAUCCUGAAGAUGCAAUGAGUAAAGACUUUGGAUUCCAGUUGGUAGGACCUUAUGAUAUCUUAGCCGGUAAACAUAAAGGUGUGAAAAAGAACAGAGGAGGAAAACGUCCAAACUUCCUGUUACACUGGCGAUACUAUUAUGACCCUCCAGAGUUUCAAACAAUAGUGAAAUCUGAUGAUAAGAAUAUGUAUCAUCUGGGAUACUUCAGGGAUGAUCCAGCUGAGCUGCCAGUAUUUGUUGGAUCUAACAAGACUGCUGAUUCAUGCAUCAUUUCCCCAAAAGGCGACAACAUUUUUGCUGCUAUUAAAUUAACACUUGAUGAAUGCCUUAAAUCAAAGAACUUUGAUGCAGUUAAGAAGAAGAAAUUGCAGAGCUUUCAGGAGGAUUUGAAAGACUUUGCUAACAGUAAAAAAUAUUCCCUGGACAUGAAAACCAAAAGUAUGAAAGACCGGGAUAAGAAGGUUGUGUGCAAAACAUUUCAUGGUGCUGGGAUGGUCGUACCACUGGAUGAAAAUGAGGUUGGAUAUCGAGAAGUUCCAGAGGAGCCAGCUGACCUGAAGAAAAUGUUCAAAGCAGUUGUGGAAGCAAAGAGUGAGAGUGACCGAGAUAAAAAGAUGGAGGCAAUUCAGGAGCUUGUGACAUUGGUACAGUUUGCUAAUGAUGAGUGUGAUUAUGGUGAAGGUUUGGAAUUAGGACUGGAUUUGUUUAGUUACGGGGGUGAGCCCCUGCACACAAUUAUUUCACAUCUUCUUCCUCUUGCCUACCAGUUACUGGGCCGACACGAGUAUUCACAGAUUAUAGAGGCUCAUCUCAAACGUAGGAGUCGCAGUGCAAAUCUCAGUGAACUGGAAUAGAUGCAGAUUUCUAACUACUAUACAAACGUAGGAGUCGCAGUGCAAAUCUCAGUGAACUGGAAUAGAUGCAGAUUUCUAACUACUAUACAAACGUAGGAGUCGCAGUGCAAAUCUCAGUGAACUGGAAUAGAUGCAGAUUUUUAACUACUAUACAAACGUAGGAGUCGCAGUGCAAAUCUCAGUGAACUGGAAUAGAUGCAGAUUUCUAACUACUAUACAAACGUAGGAGUCGCAGUGCAAAUCUCAGUGAACUGGAAUAGAUGCAGAUUUCUAACUACUAUACAAACUGGAAUGGCAUUGAUACCUCACAAACUGGUUUAAAUGCAAUUAUUCUUACAGUGCUGUAUACAUCUUGGAUAUUUAUAUCCAUUUCAAUUUUAGGAGGUUGGAUAUAUUGAUGGAUAAUUGUUCUUGUAUGAGUUCAGAUCUUUUUUGUACACCUUGACAACCAGUGUGGAACUGAUGCUUUACUUCAAAGAAUAUGUGAGCAUACAUGUGUAGAUAUCUCACUCUUACAAACAAUUAUAAGAUCUUCUUUGUACACCUUGACAACCAGUGUGGAACUGAUGCUUUACUUCAAAGAAUAUGUGAGCAUACAUGUGAAGAUAUCUCACUCUUACAAACAAUUGCAAAAAUAGAAACAUAUAUGUUAAACAGUAUACUUCUUUUUUAUUUCCAUAGAAAAUGCACAGAGCAUUCUAGAAAACAUGAGUUUCAUACUGAAAUUUAAUCCACAUAAUUAAACUGAAUAUCACAGUCAUUAUUUAUCACAAGGUAUGUUCCAGACAGGUCAAUACAUAUAGGAAGUUUUGCUUUCAGCAGAUAUUAUGGUUUAUACUACAAAUGGUAAUGUCUUGUAACAGUGAAAUCAGAUUCCUUAAAAUAUCAACAAAAACAGAAGAUUUUCUAUAAUAAAAUUUAGCACGGAAAUGGUCUGAACUUAGUACACCUGUAUUAAAGUUGUAUGUUAUAUCACACUCCAUGUUGUGGCGAUGCAACUAUCACUACACACACAGAGUAUUUCUUGAAUUUUGACAAGUAGAAAAAAUCUUCAAUAUCAGAGCAAGUAUUAGGAAAGAAUGAUUUCGAUAUGGAUUUUGUGAAAGUCUUGGAUGAUGAUGUUGCAGUUAGUAUCUGAGCAAUAGUUUGUGACAUCAUCACUCCUCUACGCAAGAUUGUGCUGUACAGAAGCAUACUAGGGUCUUGUAGAAUUCUUUCAUUUGUCUAUCAUUCUGAAAGAG